CGCCGCCGCGGCUCCUCCUCUGGCUCCUCCCUCCUUCCUGCUCUACCCGCCGGGACCGAGAUAUGGGGCUCAUCCCCGGGGCCGCCCUCGCCACCUGAGGAGCCCGGAAGCUGCCCUCGACCGCGCCAUGGAAGAGGACGAGGAACUGGAGAGGAAGGCAAUAGAAGAACUUCUUAAGGAAGCUAAACGGGGAAAAACCAGAGCAGAGACAAUGGGGCCUAUGGGGUGGAUGAAGUGUCCUCUUGCUGGUACAAAUAAAAGAUUUCUACUUAAUACAAUUAAGAAUACAUUACCCUCUCAGAAGGAGCAAGAGCAGGAACAGAAGGAAGACAAUAAGGAACCUGAGCCAAGUCAGAACCGGAAAGAAGAAAACCCAAAGAAACACAGAACUCAUCCAUACAAACACAACUUCCAGUCUCGGAGAAGAGUUAGUUAUUCUCCUCCAAGGAAGCGGAACACCCAGGAAAAGUAUGAAAAGCAAUCUAACAAACGAUGAGGCAGGCACUGAAGAAUAGGCAAGACUGUUACAAGCAAUGAAUGUCAUUACAUUUUGGCCUGGGAAAGUGUUUAACUUUCUUUAAAUGGAGAAAGUUGUUCAGUGCAGGUCUUUAGCAGGGAAGACAUCUAAGAAAAACAUUACAGUACAUAGAUAUUUUGGUGUGCUUUUUAAAGAGUCUGUUGGUCAAAAACAAAAAUGAUCUAGUAAUUUUUCCUUCUGAAAAUUAAUCCUAAGGGUAAAAGUCUUGACAUGUUUAUCAUAUUUCAAUAGUGUGUAUACAUUUGUUAUUGCACCUUCUUUGGAAAGUUAGUUUGGAAAUAAAAAGUCUAGAGUUAGAUUUUAAGUUGUUCAGAGAUUGUUCAAACCUAGUUUAAAAAAAUAUCUGUUGUAUUUCAAUUGUGGUCAAUUUUCAGAGUUGAAAACAAAAUUGAAACCUUUAAUUCUGUGUUUUAGUUUGGGAUAUCAAAUUUAGUAUGUUCAAGAAGCUAGACAGCAGUAAUCUUCUGACUGUGGAGUAUAUUAUUUAUAAAACCUCCCUCUAGCCUUCAAGGGUUAAAGUUUAUAAAGAAAUUUGUUAACAUCUCUAGCACUUAUUUUUGCUUAGAUAAACAGUGUAAUGGCUUUGAAUUUAUUACCGAAGAUAAAUUAAUGGAGAUGAACAAUUGAUCUCCUUGUUCAUUUCAUAGCAGAACUGAUAUGUGUAACAUGCAUUUUGUUUGUUUUGUUUUUUCUGAAUUUGAACUUUUCUCCAGAAGACAUAAAUUGGGAGGAAAUAUUGUUUGGUGCUUUAGAAGUAAUUCUCAUCAACUAAAUUACUUACUAUGCUUUGAUUGAUGUUGAGGAUUUUAUUUAGUUCUCUUUAUUUUUUUUUUGUUUUUGUUUUUAGCUUAAAUCCCCUGGUAUAGAUAUCACAGUGCAAAGGUGUACCAGAAAUCCUUUUUAACAAAAGUAUGUUGGAUUUUUCCCCCCGGGGUGGUUGUAGGCAUUUCUUAAGGAUAUGAUGCUAAAUCUCACAGAGAGUCUCACUUCCAUCCCCAUCCCCACCCCCAAACUCAGGACUACAUAACAAUGUACUCCUAGACCACAGAGAGGAGAGAAGAGUCUCUACUCCCUUCCCAAAUUUUCCAAGGCGGCUGGGCUUAUGCCUGGCUGCCCCCAGAUAAUCACUCAGCCACAGCCAUACUCCCAGCAGCCAAGAAAAGCUUUUUCUAUGCACUAAAAAUCAGCACAUUAGAAAGGGUGUUGUAGAGAAGCCAGAGAAUGCCAUGACAAAAUUGCUGUCUUCCCCAGUGCUACCCCACCACACCCUCUUUGUGUACCCUGGGUCAUGCACCCAAACUUUUUUAUGAAACCCAAGUUUCUGUGUGAUAAGGAACAUGUGCAUAGAACUACUCCAAUAGGAGAAUGGAGGAAAAAAUUCCUUAUUCUUUCCUUCCCUCUCCUUAUCCUUACCCCCCAGUCAAAAAAAAAAAAAAAGUACCAAAGGGAGUCCCUCAUAACUUACCAACAGCUAAUUCUCACCCCCAUCAUACACAGAAAGAAGAACUGAGUUAAACUUGACUUUAUACAAAACUUGUUAUGCUUAAAUGAUCUUAAUCUUUAUAUCUGUAUUAUUUGUGUUAAUUUAUUUUACUUUGAAAUAUUUUGUAUUUAAAUAUCUCUAGAAAAGUUAAGAAGUUGGGAUUUUUAGUAAAUUCUUGUUUUAAAUGAGUAAAAUUAAAGUUAAACUGUA